CUAGGGUGACAGUAUGUUAAAAAAAUACAUUAAUAAUAUAAAAAAAAAUGUAAAAAAGAAAAUUUUGGCCACGAUUUAUGAAGAAAUAUUGUUUAUUUGCAAACUUUUAUAUGAAAAACUUUUUUUUAAACAUUUUUGGACUUUUUCAUUUAUAUAGCAAAAAAAAUAAAAAUCCCAGUGGUGAAUAAAUACCAGCAAAAUAAAGUUUUAUCUGUCUCAAAAAGGUUAAAAAAUUCAUAUGGGUACAGUGUUGCAUGACCGCGCAAUUGUCAUUCAAAGUGUGAUAGCACUGAAAGCUGAAAAUUGGCCUGGGCAGGAAGGGGGUGAAAGUGUCCGGACUUGAAGUG